GGCUUAUUUCUUUCGUGCGAGUGCUAGUGAUAGUAUUUGAUUCUCAAUAUUACUUCUCCGGCAUAUGAUUUUCAAUGCUAUUUUUCCACGCAUAUUAUUUUCAAUGUAGGCUGGCCCGCUUCUCUUUACUUCUGACAGGUUAUAAUCUGCUCUAUUUUCCGCUUAUUCACUCAUAAGAUUUUUUUUCUUCAAGAAAAUUGGAGUGUCCAUCAUUAUAGUAAACGCAAAUUGGAGAGGACUCGUGACUUUCAUAUAUCUGUGUUUCAUCUACAAGCCAUCACCAGUCAUUCCAUUGCGCCUAGAUGAUAUUGUGGUAGUGGUGCUAAGUCAGGGUGAUCAGUACCAUGCAGCUAAAGCCGAACAACUGAGUCACAAUAUUCUCCAACAGGCAGCUUUUAUGAAUCAGAAACCGCCCUCUAUCAGAAUUGUACACAAAGAAUUUCCACAUAGAGGAGCUUGGACAGUUGUUCCUCUUUUUCCAUGGCUGAACAAACUCCACAGUUGCAAUAGUUCUUGGGUUUUCUUUGCAGAAGAGAAAACUCAAAUGGAUUUAACUGAGCUAAUCAAUCUCGUCAAAGGAUAUGACAAGAAAAAGGCCAUGUGGAUGGGUCACGGACUGAUUGAUGAAGAAGGAUUCAGUCCCCAUAAUGCAAGUCCUGAUCAUAAAGCAACUCCUCUAUUGAAAUCCAAAUAUCCGCUAUUUGCUGCUGGCUUUGUGAUGUCCACUGCAUUAAUAGUCAAGAUCAGUGAAAUAUAUGAAGAAAUGGCAGUAAUAAGAUCAAAUUUAUCCAUUGAUGCAUCUUAUGAACUUGCGUUGCUUGUUGACAUUCCUCUGGUUGACCUUCCUGAUAAAUUUUGUAUCAAGAAUAGAAACGGCUGUGUAUCAUUUCCCGAAAAGGAUUUUUAUUGUGGAGAUCCCAUACCUAAGGAAAAUAUUUUCUUUGCAGUGAAGACUUGUGCUAAAUUUCAUCAAGACAGAGUUCCAGUUGUGAAAAGCACGUGGGCGAAGCAAACUGUGUUCAUCGAGUUUUUUAGUCACGUGCAAGAUACAGAAAUUCCAACAACUGCAGUCAGUGUGAAUAAUACUAAAGUAGGACAUUGCCGCAAAACGUUUGAAAUUUUAGGUCUGGUUAAUGAGCGAAUCAAAAAGGAAUUGCCUUCUAUAAAAUGGGUGAUGAUGGCUGAUGAUGAUACCUUGAUCAGUGUCCCUGGACUGCAAUCGCUGCUGAGCUGUUGGCCUGACAGUGGACCCAUAGCUAUUGGUGAAAGGUUCGGCUACAAUGUGCAAGGCUCCAUACAAGGCUACAACUUUUUGGCAGGAGGCGCAGGAAUCGUAAUAAGUGCUUCGGCUAUUCCUCAUAUAUUGAAGAUAUGCCGAUGUCCAAAUCUUAGCAGCACUGAAGACAUGUAUGUGGGAGUUUGUCUAACCAGCCUCGGCAUACCUCUCGUGCAUACUCCGUCUUUUCAUCAGGGAAGACCCAUUGAUUAUGCAUUGAAUUAUUUGGCCACACAUAGACCUGUCACUUUUCAUAAGCAUAAGAUGAUCAACCCAUUGGCUGUGUAUAAUGAGUGGUUUUCAUCAAGUGAUAAUAAUACACAGCUUUAAUUAAUCCUUAUUGUGAAUCUUAUAUUUCAUGAAAUAAAAUUAUUGAGCUAACAU